AUGCCCCUAUUUCGUCCAACCCCGUACCUCCUCGCCGGCCGUCCCAAAACAGCACCCCACGAGAUCCCACCUCCUUCAUCCAGUUUACCAGCCCCGCGGAGUGCUGAUCAAGCGGACAAGUAUUUCAGGAGGGUCGCUAAUGAGAACGUGAAACCUGGGCGGGGGAUGAGGUUGUUGAGCGUCGGGGGGUGGGUCGUAGGGGGAGUGGCAUGCACGUAUAUGGUCCUCUUUGCCGAUUUCGGGGACAAGGAGCAUGUGUUUUCACCGGUCCGCCGUCAAUUCCGCUCAUACACCUCGUCCCUGUUCAACCUCUCGGAUUCUGAACGUUCGAUGAUGAGCCUUCCCUUUGAAGACCCGGUUCGCAAAUCCGGGUCGGUACGGACGAUCGGGACUACCGCCGAGAGCACCAUCAGCAACAACAAUAACAAGAACAAUCCUAUAACCGGGACUGGAGAUGUCGACGUCGAUGCGAUUGAGAGGACGGGCUUGUUGGAUAAACACGGCAAGGGGAUAGCAGGGCCUAUGAAUGGGGAAUCCUCCAUCCGGGGAAGGUUCGUAUAG